AGAGCAUCGGAAAACCACAAAAAAUUGUGAUUACAUUAUAUUCAAAACUACCCAUUAUGUACAAAUCAAAUACAGAUUGGUUUUCAAAGAAAAGUACUAAAACUGACCACCUAUUUCCCUCAGUGAAAAUAAAAUGUAAAAAUACAAGUAUCUUAUUUUCCACACAGACUUCAGGGUAUUUAGAACAUCGAGUAUUUUCAUUAGUUAUCCAAACUACCUUCUUCUCUAUGCAACGAUAUUUUCCUAUUAGGAGUAGCGGUCACUCAGGAAUCAAAACGAGUGUUAGUAGAUUUUAAACUCAAAUCUAGAAACCACACUUUUAACUCCUAGUCCUCUUCUCCCAUACAGAAACUCAAAGAUGUAUUUAGUACCACAUAACAUUAGAAUCAAAGGCCAUAAAAACCAAAAACCAACCCACCACACAGCAGAAUCUGAGCCCCGAGGUUAAACUAAAAAGAAAAAAGAAAAAACAAAACCAUUCACAGCACACUGUACAUAAAAUUUAUUUGUUUGCCUCAUACAUUAAAAAAUCGGAACGGUGCAAUUAACUACAUAUAAAUUCAAUCUUCUCAUUCGAGGAGCUGCAAAGUUUAAAAAAAAAACUUUAAAUUGCUUUGAGUUUACAUUUUUAAAGACACGCUCAGAUUUACUGAGAGCAUAUCAGAAACCAGAUCUAAAAUGUUAAGGCAUAAAGUUUAAUUAUCAGGUCUACUUCUUCUGCCCCUAUAAAUGCUAGUUCUGCAGAUCGCUCAUUCCACUCCAACCUACAGCUAAAGAAGGAAGUAGAACAGGUACACACUAAAUCUGGCAUUAACUGCUGAAAUAAGCGUUAGAAUUUUUCAGGGUGAAAAAGUUAUCUGCAUCAAUUAGCUUACACAAUUCCACUCCUUCCUUCAAGUGAAGGAAUCCAAUGGCUUCGCUCUUCCCCAGCCUUUAAAAUGCAUCGCAAUCCACCCGACUCCCCGCAAUUCCUUUUUCUAAGAAAAUGUGAAACUAACGGUUUCCGUGGUGGACGCGCCGACCGGGCGCCGAGGCUUCGCCGGCUGUCCCCAGGCAGCGCCCCGGAAAACAAAGGGGAUUCCCAGCCAUUGUCCUCCGCGGCGCUGAGCAUCACCAGCACUAGCAAGGCAGUAGCUUGCGCAGUUAUCUCCACAGCGGGCAAUGUCACAACCCGACCAACAGCACAAACUACUACCUCAGCCAGGGCCAUGGUGUCGGGGAGGCAGGGGACCACGCGGAGGGCAGCGAAGCGGCUCUGGCGCUCCUCGGUCCUUCCUCGCCGCCGACGUCGGCUCGCAGCCCCUUCUUUUCCUUUCCCUUCCCCGUCGCGCCACGCCGCGCCCGGAGACCCCGCCCAGCGCAGCGCGGCUCGCCAGUUCCCGGCGCGAAGCGAGAGCUACGGCGAUUAGAGGCGACGCCGGGACCCGGGUGUUAGAACCGGCGUUCCCUACGUCAGCCACCGCUCUGAAGAGAAAAAGGCGGUGGUGUCUUGCGGAGAAAGCCGCUCCCUCCAGUGCCCCGAGGAGAACGCGUCGCCUCAGCCGCUCGAAAGCAGAAGAUGGGCGGCAAAAGCGCAGUGAGACACCAACUGGUUUUGGACGGCCCCCGAGAGGCAGCGAGCAGCGCUCCCGCACUUCGUCCGCCAGGAGCUGCCGCCACGUCCCGAGCUGCGCGCCCCUCCCUGCUCCAAGCCCGCGGUGGGGGCUGGGCUACGGCCGAGCCCGGCACCAGGGCCCCCACCCGCGCCGUGCUGCCGCACCCGCCGCCGGCCCGCUCUCCGCGCGGACGAACGUCGGGACACAUCCCGCUAAGGCGGCCGCCGGCCCCGUGAAAUAGUAGCCAAGGCAUAGCCGGGAAGUCCCCAGGCCACCCGUUCCCCGGCACCCUUCGGGGAAAUCCCGUUCAGCUCUGUAGGAGGCGAAAACAGAACAAACGAAAACCCCUCAACACUGAAACCGGGCCCGGCGGUGGCCCGGGUGGCGACGGCGGCGACUCGACGCGCGCGGACAGACGACCAGUCUCGCGCUCUGCUGCUCCUGUGCGUCCGGACGAACCUUAGAGAUCACUUAAGGAGGCUCGCGCGCUACUCCUCACCACGUGACCACCCCGCCAGGCCGCCCCCCCGCGUCGCCAUCUUACAUCCGGGACAGAGGCGGCGUCCCUUUUCCCCGCCUUGGCAAGCUUCGACGUGCCACCAGAAGUCGGCCCCGAAAGGGAGACCCCGAUUCCACGUCACCGGAGCGUGGGGCCGCAGUCCAUGGCCUCCAUCGGCUCGGCGGUGGAAACUGGAUCCCAAACUUUUUUCGGCCUUUGCCUGCAAAGAAGAUGGCGGCGCUUACCGCCGCCUUACCCGACACGUUGUACCCUGGCUGGGGUUUGAAGUCUCCGGCACCCCCUUUCUCAUCCAGCAAGGACACAACCGUACGCGCCCCACCCGCUCGGCGUGGCCGCUGUGUUACCUUCUGCAGAAAACAGGCGGGAAAGCUGCGGCACAGCUCGCUUUAAACGCAAACUCCUGGGACUUACGGUUUUGGCUUUUUCUUUUUAAGCCAAGUUAGGGAGAAGGUGACUGCUACAGAGCCUCUUCUGCUUUUGGCCCAGACCACUUACGGGACUUUGGCCCCCCUCCUACUAAGAGAUUUUUUUGUAGGAAGUUAGCAAAUGAUUUUAAAGAAAAAGUUAGGGCUUGUAAGAUACAAUACAGGACGCCCAGUUAAAUUGGAAUUUCAGAUAACCAGUUUUUUUGGCAUAUGUUACAUAUAUUUUUUAAAUUGUUUAUCUGAUAUUCCGAUUUAACUGUGCAUUCUCUAUUUUUAAUGACUACAUCUGCCACCCCCCAUUAGCCUUACUCCUGAAAACCCAGACUGCUCAUGCCAAAAUAAUGAAUGGAGGAAAAUGAAAAGUAUGUUAGAAAAGCAACUUACAUAAAGUUACAAAAGUUAUCUUUGCCCAGACUUUGAUCCCUUCAUGGAGGCCAGAGGGCCAUGGUCUAGAACAAAAUUUGGCAGCAACGCAUAAGGAUAUCCUUGCAUAAUUCCCUUUUUGGCAAAAUAAUAUUUUUUUUUUUCCCUUAAGCCAUCACGAUGUAAUUUUGGGCUUUUUGUUUCUAUAGGCGAUGAGAUCCUAACAGUUUCUUAAAGUUUUCUUUUUUUUGAGACGGAGUUUUGCUCUUGUUACCCAGGCUGGAGUGCAAUGGCGCGAUCUCGGCUCACCGCAACCUCCGCCUCCUGGGUUCAGGCAAUUCUCCUGCCUCAGCCUCCUUAGUAGCUGGGAUUACAGGCACGCGCCACCGUGCCCAGCUAAUUUUUUGUAUUUUUAGUAGAGACUGGGUUUCACCAUGUUGACCAGGAUGGUCUCGAUCUCUUGACCCCGUGAUCCACCCGCCUCGGCAUCCUAAAGUGCUGGGAUUACAGGCUUGAGUCACCGCGCCCGGCCAAAGUACAAGUUUUCUUUUUUUAAAUCAUUUUUCUUCUUUACCCCACUGGUACCAUUUUACUGUAUUAAAAGUACAAGUUUCCAAGUUAAAAAUCAGCCUGCCUAACACUUCAUAACAAUAUUUUUACUUGCAUAUUCAGAAAGUAAAAUAUAUUUGGUUAUGUCCACUAACUGACAGAUAAUGUUUGUUAGGCUAAUUUAAGCCUUCUAAAGCAACUACUGAAGGUACUUUGGAAAAUCCAAUCAGAACAAUUUCCAAUUAAGAAUAUUUAUUUAUGUGAACAUAAUACAUUUGCAAUUAACUGCUUUACUUGACAAAGCAGAAAGUCACCUAUCAAUCACUUACCAGAAAGUCUAUAGAAAGUUCAUACCAUCUUUCUUUGAUUGGGCUGCCAUGGACAUCAACCCUCACUGCUAAUUCACUGCACAGUGGAUCAAAUUAUUCUGCACCAAAGCAAAUACCUUUUGCCAUAAUGGCACAGAUUUUUAAAUGGCCAUUAAACAGCUGUUUGGUCUAUGGUAUACAGAUUUGUUAGAGCAGUAAAGUUUCCCACUAAAUUUAGCCAUUACGCUACUUUAUCACUUAGAUUUCGUUCCAUAAUCUGUUUUUAACACUGCCAACACCAGUAUACUCAUCAUCCACAUAUAAUGUAUUGUUAACAUCAACAUUUUCUCCUCCCCUCAUAUCAGGAAUCUUAAGUAUCCUUUCUGAGUAUUACCACCGUCAGUGACUCAAUCCUUUAUCAUCAACUCAUAGCAAGAACAUUGCAACAGCUUCCUAGCUUAGCUUUCCAUACUGUAUAUACCCUAUCCUGCUCAUGAUUGCAAGUUUAUCUUCCUUGGUUUCAUAAUUUAUUCUUAAAUCACUCCAACCCCUGCUAUCUCAAAUCUAAAAUACUCUCUCCUUGGCUUUCAAGGAAUUUUAUGAAGGGACUCCUUCACAGUUAACCUUGUUUCACACCACACACCAUAAUGUACUGUUUUCUAUUUCACAAAUCAGCCUUGCUCACAUUAUCUUUGCCUGAAAUCCGCCCCCUAAAUCCUUUGAACUCAUCUAAAAUCUAGGUAGCCAUCAAGACUCACUUUAAGUUCUAUCUUCACCACUGAGCUUUUUCAUUUCUUUAAAAAAACGUCCUCUGAAUACUAACAGUAAUAUUAACCUGAACCAUAGAAGACUAAGUUGUUUCCCUAUUUUAUGAUCCCAUUUUGAUUUGUACUUAUCUUUUACUCUACUCUACAUACUUGUUAAAAGGUCUGUAUUUCCUAUAAAGCUGUAAACUCCAUAAGGGCAGACUAACCCAAUGCCUAACACAAAAUAGGGUCUAAAAAGUUGUUAAUGAUACACCAGUACUUAAUUGUAUAGUCUUAUAUCCAGUAUUAUUUUAUAUACUUGGUUUCCUUGACUAGCUAUAAGCACUGGAGAGCUCCAAAUAGCUUCUGUCACAAACAGCAAGGACACGGUGUUAUUGGCACAGAGUAGAUUCUUAAUAUUCAGCAGUUGUCCAGUAAAAGGCAAAAAAUUGGUCUCUAUUAUGGGAAGACGUGGAUUUUCUCGCCAUGACUGAAUGAUGUGUGCCCAAUGUAUUUUACUUCCCUAACUACCUAGUGGUGAUGAUGCUCCAGGCACAGGGCUUAACAACACAUUCCAUUUCUAAUUCUAGUAGACAACUCUAUGUAUUAAAUACCAUUAUUAACUCCAUUUCACAGAGGACACAAAAACAGAUUAAUUAACUUGCCCAAGGUCACACAUUUAGUAACUAACAGAGUUGGGAUUUGAAUCUAAAAAGUCUGGCCCCAGACUCUAGCCUCUUAACCACUACGGUGUUAUUUAUAACAUAUCUUCUUAAAACAUGCAACAUAUGCUUUAAACAGAUAAAAUGUUUUAAACCUGGACGAAUAAUAAAAACUCAAUGCAA